UCCUGGUGUCACUAAGAAUAUAUCCUUCUCUAAGCUCUUAAAUUUGUCUCUCCAUCUUGUGAGAGCACAAAUACAAACUAAAGCAAAAACACCCUUAUUUUGGUUGCUAGAUUUUUAAUUUUGGUCACAAAAUGGGAUCAAAGAGGGAUUCCCCUGUGAAUGUUUUGUCUAUAUGGUUGAGGAAGAGAUCAAUGAAAGUGAAAAUCUUUUUGGGAAUAUUGCUUGCAUUUUCUGCUUUGGUGGCUCUAAAGUUUACCAUCAGAGAUCCAAAUUUUUUCUUCCAAGUAUCUGAAACAAUCCAUAUCGUUGGCCUUAUUGUCCUCAUAUACAAGCUCUAUGCUCAGAAGACUUGCUCUGGUUUAUCCCUCAAGAGCCAAGAGAUCACAGCUUUAUUCCUAACAAUAAGGUUAGGUGUUAGCGCCUAUAUGGAAGCUAACAUUCACACUGUGUUGGAUCUGAUAUAUCUCUUGUCAACAUUACUGGUUAUUUGGUUGAUAAGAUUUAAGCUGAAGUCAUCUUAUAUGAAGGAGUUUGAUAACAUGUGGUUAUCCUUUUUGGUGGUGCCAUCUGCAAUUUUAGCAAUAUUUAUCCACCCAUUUACAAGACAUGUUUGGAUAGCCAGGGUUCUAUGGGCGUUCACCGUAUAUGUGGAAGCUAUUUCAAUACUUCCUCAACUUCGUUAUAUGCAAAAUGCAAAGAUGGUUGAAACAUUUACAGGAUAUUAUGUAUUUGCUCUUGGUGUCUCAAGAUUUGUAUCAUUGGCUUAUUGGAUUAUUCAUACCUAUGAAACUGGAGGGAAAUAUCUAUUUUUGUUUGGCUAUGGCUAUUUAUGGAUGUUGGCAGCUCUUUUAACAGAGGUGAUUCAGUCUUUCAUCUUGGCAGACUUUUGUUACUAUUAUAUGAAGAGCUUCAUGCAAGGGCAGCUUUUGAAGAAGAUGCCUGUUUAAUUAUCUUGGUUUGGUUAUACAAUGUACUGAAAGAAGAGUUUGGAACUGCAACUUCGUUUGAGACUUGUUAUGAUGUAUAAACUUUUUCUGUUUUGUUCAUUUCAUCC